AGGGCAAUGAUCGAAAUGUCAAAAUUUUGUUGGAUAACCUAUACCUUGAAGCAUUUCCUGAACCUAUGCCAGAAUUUGGACCGAGAGUAACCAAACCAUUGGUUCCGCGUCCUGGAAAGGCCGCAAAAGGAACACCCGUCCUGAGAACUAUUGCUAACUGGAGGCCCGAAG